CACUUAAGGGCUAGUUGGAGUUUUCUUGCUGGGUUUUGCAUUGGUGGGUUUGCUGGGAGAGAGAGGAGCUAAGAACCUUAAUCCUGAACUAAGAGUGAAGCUAAAGUGGCUAGGUAGGAAGAGGCCCAGGGAAGAAGCAGCAAUUAAUUGAAUCAAGGAUUUCCCUACCAGCCACUGUAAAGUGGCAUAAAUCCCAAGAAGGGGAUGUAACUUAUUUGGGAGCUUGAACACUGGGCUGAAUUUAAAGAGCUCAGGGCCAGGGCACACUAGCAAGGGCAGAUAGUCUUUUUUUUUUUUUGUAUUGGUCUCUUUAAUACCAUGAAAGGGGUUCAUUUGAAGUUGGUGACUUGUCUGGAGGGGGCAAGCCACUGAAGACCCACCAAGAUCAGCUGACAGCCUGCAGGAGAUACCAAGGGCAAUAGAAGCACGGCAAUAUCACACCCAGCUACAAGAAGGCACUCAAGCACAUUGCCUUCAGGAAAUGGCCUCUUCUAAAUCUUUGCUGAAUCUUCUAACCUUCACAUUUGGAUCAACAAUAGGAUUUUUCGCAUGUUACAUGCUCUUUAGCAUAGUGUUGGAAAAACAGGUUGUGAUCCAACCUGAUAUUCUUCACAAUGAUCCCCAUGGUGAACACUCAGAAGAAACUGGAAGUGAUCAGCUGAAAGGACAAAUGAACUUCAAUGCUGAUGCUGGGCAGCAUCAAGAUGAGAACAAAAAUAUUGCAGAAGGACUGUAUCAGAAGGUGAAAAUACUUUGUUGGGUGAUGACUGGGCCUCAGAAUCUAGAGAAAAAAGCCAAGCAUGUUAAGGCUACUUGGGCCCAACGUUGCAAUAAAAUACUAUUUAUGAGCUCUGAGGAGAAUAAAGACUUUCCAGCUGUGGGACUAGAAACCAAAGAAGGCAGGGACCAACUGUACUGGAAAACUAUUAAAGCCUUCCAGUAUGUACAUGACCAUUAUUUUGACGAUGCUGAUUGGUUUAUGAAAGCAGAUGAUGACACGUAUGUUAUACUGGACAACUUGAGAUGGCUUCUUUCAAAAUACAAUCCCGAACAACCAAUAUACUUUGGAAGAAGGUUUAAGCCUUAUGUGAAACAGGGCUACAUGAGUGGAGGAGCAGGAUAUGUACUGAGCAAAGAAGCUCUAAGGAGAUUUGUUAAUGCAUUUAAAACCAACAAAUGUUCUCAUAGCUCUUCUAUCGAAGACCUAGCACUCGGAAAAUGCAUGGAGAAUAUUAAUGUAGAAGCUGGAGAUUCAAGGGACACAAGUGGUAAAGAAACUUUUCAUCCCUUUGUGCCAGAACAUCACUUAAUCAGAGGUUAUCUACCUAGAACAUUUUGGUACUGGAAUUAUAAUUAUUAUCCUGCAAUAGAGGGUCCUGGAUGCUGCUCUGAUCUUGCAGUUUCAUUCCACUAUGUUGAUUCCAUAACUAUGUAUCAGUUGGAAUACUUGAUUUAUCAUCUCCGACCAUAUGGUUACCUAUACAGGUACAAUCCUGAUUCACUCAAGAAUCUAGAAAAGCAAAUGACAAGCAAAGCAGAGGAUAAUGAUGCAAAAGCUAAAGCAGAAAGCUCCUGAAACUGAAUCAGACUUCUACUCAAUAUGUGGAACAGUGCACUGACAGAAGUAUCAUGGAGUGAAAAGCAGCUACAUCUAGCUCAGACAGGACUCUGGAAUUGCUAGUAGUAAUUCUUUUUGAAUUUUAAAAGCUCUGUGUUGGUCUUCCUCUGUGACUGCAAACUACAGGUUUUGUUGUGCAGUUCUUAUACAUGGGGAUAGUGGGACUUUUCACAUGUUAGGACUGCAGAAUCAGGUCCUAAAGCUUUUACGUGAUCUGUGAAAUCUGAGGUGGCUUUUUUUACAAAUUCUUCAUGUUUAUAUUAUUGUAUUAAAACAAAUGGAUGGUGGUGAGGUUCAAGCACGAUUAUACAGUAUUUUCUAGUCAUUUUUGUUUUUGCCCCCUUUCCCCUUCCCAUUAUUUUGGAUAAGUACUAGUGUUAGAAAUCUUGGGCUACAUUGGUCCAUCACUUUGAGAUGGUGAUGAUACUGGAGAAAUUUGAUGUGAAGUAACUGGGCUGAAAAGAGGGAAAUAAGUCUUCAAAACCUCUCCUGCCUUAAAGACAGACUUCAAACUAUUUGGUGUAAUUCGUAAUACUGUGCCUGUUUAAUGUUGAAAUCUGAAGUACUUCCCAAAUGAAAUGAAUUUGUUACUCUUUGCCUCAUCAUAAACUUCUCCCAAGAUACUAUUUGUUCUACAAAACAGACACCCAGUUGGCUUGCUCUAAUUGGUGAAAAGCCCAGGAACAGCAAGACUAUACAUCUUGGAGUAUGUUGAAGAUGUGUGAAAACUUGCAUACCUGCCCACUCUGCCUCUUGGUGUGUACUCCUUGCUUGAAUGGGCACAAAAUUCAUCCAAAAGCUUUUUGAUGUACAUAUGAUAGAAAUAAACCCCUUACAAGUGCAAUUUCCUCCCCUUGUAUUCAUUCUGUAAGCCAAAAAAUGCGUGUGAUAUAACACCACAGUCAUACAAUAAAGACUUGUUAGACAGCAA